CAGAGACACUGUGUGAGCCGGGCCGGCCCUGCAGACAGCCCCUCCCGCCGCUCCAGCCAGGGUGGUGCUUGCGUGGGGAGGACUUUAAAUCCGGCCGCCAGACCCCUGGCCGGGAGAGGCGGAGAGGACUGGCCACCAUGCACAGCUCCGGCAGUCUGCUGCUGCUGCUGCUGCUGCUGCUGGCGGCCACCACGGGCCCCGCCGGCGCCCUCAGUGAUGAUGAGAAACGCGUGAUGGUGGAGCUGCACAACCUCUACCGGGCCCAGGCGUCCCCACCCGCCGCUGACAUGCUGCAAAUGAGGUGGGACGAGGAGCUGGCCGCCUUCGCCAAGGCCUACGCGCAGAAGUGCGUGUGGGGCCACAACAAGGAGCGCGGGCGGCGCGGGGAGAACCUGUUUGCCAUCACGGACGAGGGCUUGGACGUGCCGCUGGCCAUGGAGGAGUGGCACCACGAGCGCGAACACUACAACCUCAGCGCAGCCACCUGCGACCAGGGCCAGAUGUGCGGCCACUACACGCAGGUGGUCUGGGCCAAGACAGAGAGGAUUGGCUGUGGCUCCCACUUCUGUGAGAAGCUCCAGGGUGUUGAGGAGACCAAUAUCCAUUUGCUGGUUUGCAACUAUGAGCCUCCGGGGAACGUGAAGGGAAAGAGGCCCUACCAGGAAGGGACUCCGUGCUCCCUGUGUCCCUCCGGCUACCGCUGCGAGAACUCCCUCUGUGAACUCAUCAGAGACCCGGAGGAGGCUCAGGAUUUGCCUUACCUGGUAACUGAGGCCCCAUCUUCCCUGGCAACGGAAGCUUCAAGUUCUAGGAAAAGCGGUAUCCCUUCUUCCGUGGCAACGGAAAAUCCAUCCUCCUUGGUAACAGAGGUCUCGGGCCCCCUGGCAACCAAGGCUCUUCCGGCUGUAGAAACCAAGGCCCCGUCUCCCUUAGCAACGGAAGAUUCCCUCUCCAUGGCAACAGAGGCUCCACCUUCCUUAACAACUGAGGUCCCUUCCUUUUUGGCAACUCACAGCCCCUUUGCCUUGGAUGAGGGGCCAGCAACCUUCCCCAAAUCGACCAAUGAUCCCAUCUCCCAAUUGGCAGACAAAGAGGCCAGCAGGACAAGAAUGCCCCCCAAGACCCCAGAGAGUUCUCUGCACCCCAAGAUGUUCUUGACAGGGACACGGGAGCCACGACCCCACUCCCAGAAAGCAGGCAAGGCCGAGGCCGAGUUGUCUCCUUCCAGUGAGGUCUUGGCCUCAGUUUCUCCAGUCCAGGACAAGACAGGUGGGCUGCCGGCCACAUUGGACCACGUGGGGCACACCUCCUCCAAGUCCCUGUCUAACUCCCCCAAUACCUCUGCCACCUCUAAUGCCGUGGGUGGGCGAACCCUGGCCCUGCAGUCAUCUUUGCCAGGCGCAGAGGGCCCUGAAAAGCCUAGCAUCAAGUCAGGGCUGAAGUCGGGCCCUGGUCACAUCUGGGGCCCCCUUCUGGGGCUGCUGCUCCUGCCUCUGCUGGUGCUGGCUGGAAUCUUCUGAAGGGGUCAUCACUCAAAGGGACAGAAGAUAUCGGUGCUUCCCAGAGACCCCUUGACCCCUCCUAGUCCCCUGGCUUCUUCUUUAAGCCAUCUGAGUCUGAGACUGUUUCCAGGAAGACCUUCUGCCUUCCCAGGGUGAAGAGAUCAGCUGUCCUCCUGCCAUUUCCCCCACCCUGUCCCCCACCCCCAAACAAGACGCUUCUUGGCUGAAGGCCUUCUGGAAGGGAAAGGCUGCAGGGCACGCCUCAUCCACAGAUGCCUUUCGGGUGCGAGUCCUGGUUGGCUAUGAGUUCAGGUUGCCACCUAUGACUGCACCCCCUGCCUGGACCCCUCCUGCCCCUCCCACCUCAAUCCUGGGUCUGGGUGGGGGUUGAAGAGAGAUCCCUGCCCACCGGCCCUGCCAGAACUGUCUGCCUCUGCAGGUAGGGGGUUCUUCCUGAGCGCCCCCUCCCCCUACUUGCUGGUGUAGCCCCGGAGGGGAGUUUGUGAGGGGCAGAUGAAGGACAAGCCCCACCUGAAUGGGGUUCUAUGGGGGGGGGGGGGGAGCAGGCAGGGACCAGGGAAGGGAAGCAGCCCCUGACUCCUGAAUAAAAGCCUGUGUAAGAAUA